CGAAAAUGUCAAGAUUCUGUGUGUGUUAUAUAGAUGAAAGAAAAUCAAUAAUAGAACAUAUCAUGAUAAUGUAAGCAUGCUUGCUCCUUGUAGAUAAGACAGAAUAAUUUACAAAUACUUAAUAAAUUAUUAUUUUUGAAGUGCCUGUUUAAAGUACCUGUAUACAAAGAAUGACAGUGUUUAAACUAUAAAUGGAAUUUAUGCAUUGUUAUUAAAUUUCUAAAUGCUUAAAGAUGAGUUGAGAGAAUAAUUCUUUAGUUUAAUAUAAAAUUUUAUUUUGUGAUGGAAGAUAGUGGAAUUGAUAGUGACCCAAAAAGUACUAGUCGUAUAGAAGAUGAAAGACUCUUUUUGGGAAGCGAUAGUAGCUGCAGCAGCAAUCAGACACAAACGUCUCAACAUAAUUCCACUACUAAACAGCUACAAAAAAAACUUGAGGCAAGAAUUGAGCAGGCAAAACGUAUUCAGCGUAAUUCAGAUUAUAUAAAGUUGCCAAAAUAUGAUAAGGGAUGUAACGGAGGUAAUAGUACAACUGGUUUGAUAUCUAUUCAAAGACUUCCUGUACCAAAUAAAAGUAAAGAGCAUCUUCCUCUUGUUGAAUAUUGGCAUAGUGACAGUGAAAGCGAAGGUGAAAUGACUCUCUUUCCAACAUCUAAGUCAAAAGACUCUUCGAAGCACAAACAAGAUUUGACUGAUACAUUUAGUAUUGAAGAACUUAGCGAAGAAAGUGAGGAUUCUCUAAAUUUAGGUCCUGCACAAUCAUCUCCAGAACUUAAAUUUAUGAAAUCUUAUAGAUGCACUAGGGAAUGCUUUCGUUGCCGGUGCCAUAUAUUAUAAUUCAUUGUUACAUAUACGCUUUCAGUGUAUUACAGAUUAAUUGUAUUUUAUGUAUUGUUGAUUAUCGAUUUAAUAUUUCGAAGUUUCGUAUAAUUAUGUAACUAGAGGGUUCUUAGAUAUUGAUCCAUGCCAACUAAAUAUACUAAGAAUUUACAUUGGAUAAUUUAUGAUUUGCUGAUUAUUUGUAUCUACAAAUUAAAAGUUCACUAAUGAAUUUUAUGUAUUUAACGUCAAUAUAUAUCUUAAAAUCGUAAACAUUUAAGAUGAAAAAUUGAAUGCAAAGAAACGAAUCUAAUUAUUUCAUAUAUUUUAUUUUAGACCUGUUAUUAUUUUUUUUUUAAUUAGUAAAGAUUGAUUUGAAUUUAUUAUUUCAAGUUUACUGUUUGAAAGAUCUUUACAAUUUCAUUCUUAUGGUAUAUAUCAGGUUUCCGAAUUUUGUGGUAGGUAUUCCUCCUACAAAAAGACGAGGAGAUCCGUGUCUGAAGUAUGUGGGGUGCUUAAAAUUGUAAACGAAAAAUAUAUUCACAUUUAUCUGCAUUUAAAAUUUUCUUUUGAAUAAUAAAACUCUCUUAGGGGUUGUGCCUCUAACUUUAGAAAACAUUAUACCGUAUCAGUAUCAGCUAUUAUCGAUAUAAAUUUGUUUAUUACAUUUGCGUGCUGAUUAUACUCAUAAAGUAUGUCCACGUGUUAUGAAAUGCUGUGCAUAUUGAUGUGUAUAUACUUAACUAAGCAUAACUAUGCGCUUGCGUGUAUCAUUUUUUUUAAAUCUUACUAUUGUUUCCCCUUAUUCUCUUCCUGUUGAUGAUGAAGUCAUGUAUGAGCCAUUCCACAUAAAAACGCAUAAAGUGUGACAUCAUAGUUACUGACAUUUUUAAAACUCGUUGCGUUUAUUUACAGUUUUGAUGUAUUCAUUGGUCAGAAAAUAGAGCAAUAGACCCACACACCACUAUCUUUCCUCUCCUGUCCAUAAUUAAUUUAAAACAGAAAUAGUGUUUCUUCAAAAUGUACAGAACAAAUAUUAAUUGCCGAUACAAAUAAUAAUACACAAAAUUAAGUCUUCGAUAGCUCUUGAGACAUAUAUUUCAUCGUGAAAGAAAU